AAAGAUGCUCUAAUGAAAACUUGAGAUAUCCCAGUGGAGACACUCGCUAGAUUCGAGAAGGACGUGAGACGAAUCGACACCGGGUUCCUGGCGGUAGCAACAGAGGUGGAGAAUGACGGAGAGAAAGCCUCGGAACCUCCAGAAAAAAUCAAGGACUUAUUAAAAGAGUUCCAAGACAUUCUUCCCGACGACCUCCAGGACGAACUACCGCCAUACCGAACGCACCAACACGAGAUCGUGGAGGAACCAGGUUCGAAACCGACCUUCCGAGCACCAUAUCGACAAAGCCCCACAAAACUAGCUGACAUGAAGAAGCAGAUCGAGUAUCUCCUCGCCAAAGGACUCAUCCGACCAUCCACUUUGCCAUACGGUGCCCCAGUACUAUUCACGCCGAAACCGGACGGAAGCCUGCGCAUGUGCAUCGGCUACCGAGCUCUCAACAAGCAGACCAUCAAGAACAAAUAUCCGAUACCACGAAUCGAUGACCUGCUUGACCAGCUUCGGGGAGCUUCGGUAUUUUCAAAACUAGAUCUACGGUCCAGAUACUGGCAGAUAAGAAUGGCGGACGAUUACGUUCACAAAACUACUUUCCGAACUCGGUACGGAUCGUACGAGUAUUUGGUCAUGCCGUUCGGACUCACCAACGCACCUGCAAUAUUCCAAGCAGAGAUGAAUCAUAUCCUACGCCCACUCUUGGACGAAUGCGUGGUGGUGUACCUGGACGACAUCCUCAUCUACUCACGCGACAUGCAACAACGCGUCGAGCACCUACGACGCGUCUUUGAAAUUCUUCGACGAGAAUGCUUCUACGUCAAAUUAUCCAAGAGCGACUUCGCCCUCGAGAAAGUCCAAUUCCUCGGACAUAUCGUAAGCGCUCAAGGAGUUCACGUCGACCCCAAGAAAAUCGAAGCCGUGCGUACGUGGAAGACACCCGAGAACGUGAAGGAGUUACAGCAGUUCCUUGGCUUCGCUAACUACUACAACAGGUUCGUGCCACAAUACGCGAAGAUCACCACGCCACUCACGAAUCUACUAAAAAAGAACACGCCCUAUAAAUGGGAGCCACAACACCAGGAAGCCGUGGAGCAGCUGAAACAAGCACCCACGUCCGCAACCGUACUCAUCUUGCCAGACCCCGAACGCGACUACGUCAUCGAAGCUGACUCCUGCGACCAGGCAAUGGGAGCAGUCUUGAUGCAAGACCAGGGGAAUGGCCUGCAACCAAUUGCCUACCUCAGCAAAAAAUUACAUGGAUCGUGUGAGAUGGAGACACUCGCACGAUUCGAGAAGGACGUGAAGCGGACCAACACCGGGUUCCUGGCGAUAGCAACAGAGGUGGAGAAUGACGGAGAGAAAGCCUCGGAAACUCCAGAAAAAAUCAAGGAAUUACUAAAGGAGUUCCAAGACAUUCUUCCUGACGAUCUUCCGAACGAGCUACCGCCAUACCGAACGCAUCAACACGAGAUCGUGGAGGAACCGGGUUCGAAGCCGACCUUCCGAGCACCAUACCGGCUCAGCCCUACGGAGCUGACCGACAUGAAGAAGCAGAUCGAGUAUCUCCUAGCCAAAGGACUCAUCCGACCAUCCACUUCGCCAUACGGUGCCCCAGUACUCUUCACACCGAAACCGGACGGAAGCCUGCGCAUGUGCAUCGACUACCGAGCUCUUAACAAGCAGACCAUCAAGAAUAAAUAUCCGAUACCACGAAUCGAUGACCUGCUUGACCAGCUUCGGGGAGCUACGGUAUUUUCCAAACUGGAUCUGCGGUCCGGAUACUGGCAAAUACGGAUGGCGGACAACUCUAUCCACAAAACUGCUUUCCGAACUCGGUACGGAUCGUACGAGUAUUUGGUCAUGCCGUUCGGACUUACCAACGCGCCGGCAACGUUCCAAGCGGAAAUGAAUCACAUUCUACGACCACUUCUGGACGAAUGCGUGGUGGUGUACCUGGACGACAUACUCAUCUACUCGCGCGACAUGAAGCAGCACGUCGAACACCUGCGACGCGUCUUCGAAAUUCUUCGACGGGAACGAUUCUACGUCAAACUGUCCAAGAGCGAAUUCGCCCUUGAAAAGGUCCAGUUCCUAGGACACCUGGUGAGCGCUCAAGGAGUUCACGUCGACCCCAAGAAAAUCGAAGCCGUACGUACGUGGAAGACACCCGAGAACGUGAAGGAGUUGCAGCAGUUCCUAGGCUUCGCUAAUUACUACAACAGGUUCGUGCCACAAUAUGCGAAACUCGCGGCACCACUCACGAAUCUGCUGAAGAAGAACACGCCCUACAAAUGGGAGACGAAGCACCAGGAAGCCGUGGAGCAGCUGAAACAAGCACUAACGUCCGCACCGGUGCUCAUCUUGCCAGAUCCCGAACGCGACUACGUAAUCGAAGCUGACGCCAGCGACCAGGCAGUGGGAGCAGUCUUAAUGCAAGACCAGGGGAAUGGACUGCAACCAAUUGCCUACCUCAGCAAGAAACUGCACGGGGCAGAACUCAACUACCCGAUACACGACAAAGAGGCUCUUGCUAUCAUCAUCGCCUUCAAAGCGUGGAGAUGCUAUCUCGAAGGACGAAGAACGACCGUCUACACCGACCACUGCAGCCUGAAAUAUUUGAAGACACAACCCAACCUUUCCAGGCGGCAGGUCCGGUGGAUCGACUUCCUCGAGACACACUUCCACUACGACAUCGUGUACAAGCCCGGCCACAAGAACAAAGCAGACGCUCUCAGCCGGCCUGCACACGUUGCCGCUAUUCAGGUCGAAGGGAUGAAUCCACUACUCAAGGGACUCUUCACCCACGGGUACGCCAUCGACCCCGAAAUUCCCUUGGCAGAAAAGCGACAUCUGCUACAAUGGGACAGUGACAUCGCGUACCGGAAGGGAUCCACAAAAAUCUGGGUACCCAAUUACCCUCCUUUGCGCCAGUUACUACUCGAAGAAUACCACGACGUCCUGUACGCCGGACACUUCGGUAGCAACAAGACGCUCACCGGUAUCGCCAAACACUACUACUGGCCCCAUAUGGCAGACGACGUCCAGAAAUUCGUCACCUCGUGUGAUACAUGUCAGCGGAUGAAGAGCAGCAAGCAGAAAAAGGCGGGACUACUGCAGCCUCUUCCUGUCCCAGAACAACCAUGGCAAGUGGUUAGCCUAGACUUCAUCACCGGGUUACCACCUACCUCCAGCGGUCAUGACGCCAUCCUUGUCGUCAUUGACAAGUUCUCCAAAAUGGGACACUUCAUCCCGACACACACGACGGCACGCACCGAGGAGACAGCACAGCUCUUCGUUCGUCACAUCAUCUCACAACAUGGCAUCCCAACUACACUCAUCUCCGACCGAGACCCCAAGUUCACUAGCAAGUUCUGGAAGGAACUUAUGUCUCUGCUCGGCACCAAACUCGCCAUGUCAUCCGCAUACCAUCCGCAGACAGACGGACAGACCGAGCGCCUCAACCAAAUUGUUGAGCAACUCCUCCGAGCAGCCUGCAAGGACGACAUCUCCAAAUGGGACUUGCACCUGCCCGUACUCGAGUUUGCUUACAACAAUGCUACACACGCCGCUACGGGACAGACGCCGUUCUUCCUCUGCUACGGACGCCACCCACUCACACCACAGAAACCGACAACACCAGCAACAGUCCAACCUGCACAUGAUUUCAUCACAACCAUGCAUCAGCUUUGGGAUCGGACCCAUAAGCGCCUCCUUGACAUUCAACAGCAACAGAAGCGCCAGGCCGAUCGCCAUCGCAACGACCACACCAUUUCCGUGGGAGACCAGGUUCUCCUUGACACCCGCAACCUGGACAUCAGCCAUCUCCCAUCUAAACUUCGACCUCGCUUCUGCGGACCUUUUCUCGUUGAAGCACAGGUCACUCCUGUUACCUUCCGCUUACGCCUGCCAGCUACCUGGAAGAUUCACAACGCCUUCCAUGUCAAACUUCUGAAGCCCUAUCGGGAUCCUAACACGAUCUUCGUCGGACGCCAACCGCCGCCGCCGCCACCCGUCCUCGUCCAAAAUGAACCCGAAUACGAGGUCGAGUCCGUGCUUGCACACCGCCCUGUAGGAGGAGAACUUAACUCAAUCUCAAGAGUUCAAUCAAAGUUCAAGAAUCUCACAAGGAAUUAGAGGAGCAAGAGAAAGGUUGGGAUAG